AUGGCUUCAAGUGCUUCAAAGUUCAUCAAGUGUGUGACUGUUGGUGAUGGUGCCGUUGGUAAAACCUGUAUGCUCAUCUGCUACACCAGCAACAAAUUCCCUACUGACUACAUACCAACAGUUUUUGACAACUUUAGUGCAAAUGUUGUAGUUGAAGGCACCACUGUGAAUUUAGGGCUGUGGGAUACUGCUGGACAAGAAGACUAUAACAGACUAAGGCCUUUGAGUUACAGGGGAGCAGAUGUAUUCGUCUUGUCUUUCUCAUUGGUCAGCCGAGCUAGCUACGAGAAUGUUUUUAAAAAGUGGAUCCCUGAACUCCAACACUUUGCUCCAGGAGUCCCUCUGGUCCUUGUCGGUACCAAAUUAGAUCUCCGUGAAGAUAAGCAUUAUUUGGCUGACCAUCCUGGACUAUCCCCUGUAACUACUGCACAGGGAGAGGAAUUGCGUAAGCUGAUUGGCGCGACAUAUUACAUUGAAUGUAGCUCUAAAACUCAACAGAAUGUGAAAGCAGUUUUUGAUUCAGCGAUCAAGGAAGUAAUCAAACCUCUGGCCAAGCAAAAGGAGAAGACGAAGAAAAAGAAGAAGCAAAAGUCGAAUCACGGGUGUUUAUCAAACGUUCUCUGUGGGAGGAUAGUGACUCGGCAUUGA